CAUCAAUCCAUCAUCCAGGCCGCAAGAAACGCCUCCUCCGGCCCUCCCUCCCUCUCGCCGUCCGCCGUCCUCCUCGCCAUGGCUCUGGACUCGGUUCCUCCUUACCCCAGCGACCUGGGCUCCAGCAGGGCCGCCGCCGCCGCCAGGACCCAGCAGAGGAUCAGGAAAGAGGAGCGCACCUGGACCUCGGACACGUACGCUCCGUACGACGACGGGCACCAGUGGAGGAAGUACGGCGAGAAGAAGCUCUCCAACUCCCACUUCCCAAGGUUCUACUACAGAUGCACAUACAAGAACGACAUGAAGUGCCCCGCGACGAAGCAAGUGCAGCAGAAGGACAGCAGCGACCCGCCACUGUUCUCCGUCACUUACUUCAACCAGCACACCUGCAGCAGCUCAAGCGCCCUCGGCAGCGCCAGAGACGUCGCGUCCCAGUCGUCUUCAAAGAAGGCGGUGUCGAUCUGCUUCAGCCCGCACGCCCCCUCCGAGCAGACCUCGUUCCUGACGACGACUACGGUCGCGCCGCCGGUUAUGCACUCCUACGGCGCCAACCGACAGCCCGACAGGAGCGCCUACAACCAACAGCCCCAGUGGUGGACAGGCGGUGUGCCAUCUCCCACAAGCAACGGCCCUGCUAAGAUGGAGGUCGCGGAGUCCACGCAGAAGCCGAGCGGUUCGUACGGCAGCACCACCGGCAACGCUCCGUCCAGGACGCUGCUACCGAUCGGCCAGUCCAGGUGCAUCGAGUACUUCCAUUUCUUGUGAUGAGCUUCCGGGAAGGCAAGCUGGGGCUCGGGCACUGCAGCUUGGUGUCUGCUUGUUUGGAGUGGCAAGUGGAGUUUGUAUCUGGAGCUGGAGGCGAAGGCGAAAAUGUUGCUGCCGUCGUCCUGGCCUCCUGGCCUGAACUACACAGGCCGGGCGGGGCCCAAUCAGUAUACUGACUGACCUGCAUUGCAUUACAUACAGAGACUGCCUGCUGCUUACUGUACUGUACAUCUUUGCAUUUGGGUUCAAGCCACGUUUUGGUGCUUGGAUGAUGUGAAGAAUGGUAUUGGACUGUUGGGGUUUCUUUAUCUAGCAGUAGCGUACAUGAUAUGAUACGACGUACAGAAUGACUGCUUGACAGUUGAGAUAUAUCCAUUUGUUUGUUAUGUGUUGUUUGCUGUUUGUUUAGAGAUGAGACUAGGAUGUCUCAUUUCUGACAGCGGGAUAUUGGCCAUGGUUCAGUCUGCUGCUACGGAAAUGCUGAAGGUUAUAGAUUAUGUACACUAAACAGUAACAGUUUCUUAUUAACAUGUCUUCUACAGUUUUAG